AUGAAAGACAGCAAGGCAAAGUACGAGGCCCGUUGCACGAACAUGGCCACUAAAGACAAGAUGCAAACCACCGCUGGCUCGUGGGCCCUCCUUGGCAGUAUAGUGCCCCGAGAUGCGCAUGUAGUCUCCAAGCUGCGAGAAGCGGGCACAGUUAUUCUAGGCCAUGCCAACAUGUCUGAGUGGGCAUCGGUGCGGUCAAAGGCCUACUCAACUGGGUAUUCGCCCCGGCGUGGUCAGGUCCGAAACCCAUAUGAUCUCUCUAGCAGUCCUUUCGGUUCCAGCGGAGGCUCUGCAGUCUCCGUGUCCGCCAAUAUCGUGCCCCUGUCUUUUGGUACAGAGACCGAUACAUCCAUUAUUGGCCCUUCCUUGAUCAACGGUGUGGUUGGCAUUAAGCCCACUGUUGGCCUCACAUCAAGAAACGGAGUUAUCCCGAUUACUGAGUCUAUGGACACGGUAGGCUCAAUGGGUCGGACCGUCUACGACGCGGUACUAGGACUUGACGCGAUCGUUGGUCCGGACAAGAGAGAUCAAUCCACCCUCAACCCGAGUAGGCAUCAAGAGGAUGAUUACAAUGCCUUCAUGAGUGAUAGGCAUGCACUUCAGGGGGCUAAGUUCGGUAUGCCUAUGAAGCGGUGCUGGGAUUUUGUUCCGGAGGACCAGAGAGAAGUAGCCAACAAAAUCCUUGACGCGAUUACUGCAGCCGGAGGUGAGCUUAUCGAGACUGAUUUCCCCUGCACGACGGAACGAAUCCCCGAGACUGGAACAUGGGACUGGUUGGUCCACCCAUUUGGUGAACCGUCGAAAUCCGAGUUUACAGUCGUCAAAGUCGAAGCAUAUAACACGAUCAACGCGUACUUAUCAGAGCUCUCCAACACGUCCAUCAAGAACCUAGAGGAUGUGAUUGCAUUCAACGAGGAAAACGCUGGCACGGAAGGCGCAUCGCCUGGAGAUCAUCCUGCUUUCCCUAAUGGACAAGACAAUUUUCACGAGAUAAUCAAGCAGUGCGGCGUCCGCGAUGAUACCUACCGCAGCGCUCUAGCAUACAUACAAGAAGAAUCACGCCGGUUUGGCAUCGAUGGAGCUUUGAAGCAUGUCAGAAAGAAUGGCGAGUCGGUAGAGCUGGAUGCUCUGAUCUUAUGCGAUCGAAAAGGUAUUGGUCAGCAAAUGGCGGCACAGGCUGGUUAUCCUAUAAUUUGCGUGCCGAUUGGCCUUGACGCUGCAGGAUUUCCUGUCGGUCUCACACUACACCAGACGGCUUGGAAGGAAGGCGCACUUAUCAGAUGGGCAAGCGCUAUCGAGGAUCUAAGGAAUCAUGUUUUCGGUCCCCGGCCGACUCCGACGUACCGUGAGUAUUUAUCGAAGAACAUCCCGAUUGCUCGGAAGUACACCACAUGA